AUGCCUGGUGCACACCCUAAGUCUGGUUGGAGGGCAUCGGCGGACAAUGCACGUCUUUACUUUGAGGACGAUCAAGACAACAAAAGAAUUGGAGCGUGGUGUGCAACUGAUCGAGACAACCAGUGGCUACAGAUUGACCUUGGCAAAGCCAAGAAAGUUAGAGCUAUCGCCACGCAAGGUCGUGACGUUUUCCACGAGCACGUCAAAGAAUACAAACUGGCCUUCAGUGAUGAUGGAUCUAACUUCCAGGUUUACCAAGAAAAUGGAAAGGAAAAGAACUUCAUUGGUAACUGUGAUCAUUUCACACCGGUGUUGAAUACAUUCACCCCCGUCAAAGCCAGAUACGUUAAGAUCCUUGUUGGGAAGUCCUCAUAUCCAUGCAUGAGGGUUGAACUGUAUGGUUGCAAAGUCUGA